AUGGGUGAUUACACCGUCUCUGGGUUCUUGGCGGCUUUAUGUUACUUCGCAGCUCAAAGAGGAUUUUCUUAUUCAUUAUAUAGCAAUAACGGAACCAAUUUUGGAGGUGCACAACGCGAGUUAAAUCGCGCAUUUAAGGCCUUAUCCCGAGAUUCGGAUCUCGUUGCUCAUCAGGCCAGUGAUGGCGUUGAUUGGCGUUUCACACCACUCUCAGCACUACAUUUUAGCGGUUUAUGGGAGACGGGAGUGAAAACUGUCAAAUAUCAUUUGACAAGAGUAGUUGGAGCUCAUUCCUUGUCCAUAGAGGAGUUCACUACUUUAUUAACACAAAUAGAAGCAUGCCUAAAUUCCAGACCUAUCGCUCCGCAAUUGGAUGAUCACAAUGACAAUUCUCCUCUUAUUCCUGCAAACUUUCUGGUUAAGGAAACUUUGGUCACAGUACCUGAGAAGUCUGUUUUGGAUCUAAAGUAG